GACGAGGACUCCUGCCAGAAGUUUGUACCCUUUGUGGGGGUGGUGAAGGUGGGUCUGGUGGAGCAGUCCUUCAGCGCCUCUGUGGACUCAGAUGAUGCCACAGCCUGUACCCCCUCCCUGCUGAGCUCAGUGCCAGCCACCGGUGGAGCAGCGCCCUAUGGCAAGGAGACUGUGAGCACCCCGCCACCCUCCCCAUCUGUCAGCAGCAGCCUCUCGGGCGCUGGGUCUCUGAGCCCUGGUGUGGAGGUCAUGGGCCUGCAGGUGGACUACUGGACAACACAAGGGCUGGACAGAAAGAAGGAGGGCGAGAAGAGGGAGACGGGUAUCAAAAACACACUCAAGAGCAACUUCCGCUCACUCCAGGUCAGCCGCAUCCCCUGCGCAGGGGAGCUGGUGCCCCCCAGCACCAUGGCCAUGACCGUGGUCACCAAGGAGAAAAACAAGAAAGUGAUGUUCCUGAGCAAGAAACCAAAAGAAAAGGACCUGGAGCCCAAAAGCCAAGUCAUCGAAGGGAUCACACGCCUCAUCUGCACGGCCAAGCACCAGAACACCAUGUUGCGAGUCUCCAUAGAUGGGGUGGAGUGGAACGACGUGAAGUUUUUCCAGCUGGCAGCACAGUGGCCAACGCAUGUCAAGUACCUGCCUGUGGGCAUCUUUGGCUACUCGAAGAGUGUGUGAGAUGCGGGGGGCAACCCUGGGAUGGAGCUGUGGAGGGUCGCAGGAGGAGACAAGGAGAUGGAGAGACAGAUGUACUCUAGUCCCCUCUUCUGCAGUCCAGCCCCUGCCUGCUCUGCAGAGGGAGAUACCACACAUGCACAGCUCCCUGCGGGCCAAGACCCGUGAAGGUGAGGUCAGUGAGA